CUCACACUCUCUCACAAUCUCGUGGCGCAGCAAAUAAUCAUAAUAUAUGGCUGUGACGCAACACCCCCAAAUUUAUUUAGUUUAACCGUGUGUGUGAGUCGCAUUGAUUUUACUAAAACAGCUUUUUCUUUUUAAUAAUGAAUCACACUGCUGCAAAGCAUAUCCUAAAUACACCAGAGACAUUGGUCACAGAGAGUCUUCAGGGCCUAUGUUAUACCAAUCCAAACAUUCGUAUCUUGGAGAAAGAAAAAGUUGUUUACUAUACCAAUGUGGAUGAAAUGGCCUCGAAACAAGUCACCCUUGUUUCAGGUGGUGGAUCUGGUCACGAGCCAGGUUACGCUAGUUUUGUAGGAAAUGGAGGUUUGGCCGCCAGUGUAUCUGGUCAUGUAUUUGCUUCUCCUUCAUCCAGUCAAGUCUUGGCUGCCAUUCAACGUGUGCAAUCUCCUCAUGGUACACUGGUCAUCAUCAUGAAUUAUACAGGCGAUUGUCUCAAUUUCGGUCUGGCUGUGGAAAGAGCCAAAGCCUUGGGUAUUAAGGUUGAAUUAAUUGCCGUAGGUGAUGAUAUCUCUGUGGGUAAAACCAAAGGAGGAAAAGUAGGCCGACGUGGGAUGGCUGCUACGGCAUUAGCCGUUAAAUUAGCAGGUGCUUUAGCUUCGAGAGGCGCUUCCUUGGAAAAAGUAAAAGAAAUGGUGCAGCAUGUAAUAGAAAAUGCCGCUACCUUAGGUGUUGCCUUUGAUCAUUGUCAUGUACCCGGCUCUUCUUCUUUUAGUUGCUUAGCUCCUAAUGAACUGGAGAUAGGCAUGGGUAUUCAUAAUGAAAAUGGGUUUUUAAAGACGGACAUGAUGUCUGCAAAAGACCUGGUGAACAAGAUGAUGCACAUGCUUUUGGAUCAGGAUGAUGAGGAUCGUUCUUAUUUGAAUUUAGACACCGAUAAAAAGAAUUCGAUCAUCAUGCUUGUAAAUAAUUUGGGUGGUAUUGCUCAACUAGAGUUAUCUUUGGCUGUAAAGGAAGCAGUGGAUUAUGUGCUACAUAUGCCUUAUCUACACUUGGAACGUGUUCUAGUGGGUCCAUUUGUUACCAGCUUAAAUAUGCCUGGCUUUUCCAUCACCUUAUUAUCCGUCAAGGAUCACAUGAUGUUGGACCUAUUGGAUCAACCCAUCUCUAUCCCUGGUUGGCCUUCUGCACCCGCUGUUUCCUUUUCAACAGAGAUUCUUGGUAAUCCAUCCAAACUAAAGAAAACUGAGCAUACAGUGGAUGAUUUUAUGGGACAAGUCAGUGACCCAGACGUAAUGGAAGCUGCUAUUCGUGGAGCUGCGGAAGCCGUGAUUGAAGCUGAGCCUCGUAUUACUGAUUAUGAUACUGUUUUAGGGGAUGGUGAUUGUGGGCAGACAUUAAAAACUGCGGCACAAGGUGAAAACUCUUAUUUCCUGUAUAUAAUUAAACUAACCUCACCGUUCCAUAGCCAUAUUAAGUGAUUUGUCCUCUUACAAUCUAAAUUCGGCCCCAAAAACGGUGUUGGGUAUGGCAGACACCAUUGAACAAUCCGUGGGUGGAACUUCAUCCGCCAUUUAUUGUAUUUUUUUAAAUGCAUUAGCCGGCGGGCUUUUAAAGCACGCCAAACCUGCGGUGGAUGCAUCGGUCUGGGUAGCAGCAGCACGUCAUGCCUUGGCGACUUUAAUGACUUACACCAAAGCACGUGUUGGUGACCGUACGCUUAUGGAUACACUCUGUCCCUUUAUUGAGACUUUGAAUACGCCGGGUAAUAAUUUAUCUGAAGCAGUGGAAGCUGCUCGAAAGGGUGCCCAAAGCACCACUCAUUUGGCUGCUCAAUUAGGUCGCUCAUCUUAUCUUUCUAAUGACCAAGUCCUGGGUGCAGAUAUUCCUGAUCCUGGUGCAUAUGGUCUAGCUCAAUUACUAGCUGGUAUGUCUCAAC